UUGUGAAGGAGGGGAAAGUGGUGAAGGGAGUGGCAUUGCAGCGCAGCAGUCUCUUCUUCCUCGUCUCCUACUGUCUGUCUCUCUGUACUACUGGCCUCUCGCUCUCACACUCGUACGGCACCCCCGCUUUCUUCUUCUUGUGCUGCUGCCUGCUGGUGCUGGGGUGGGGGCCUGGAUUGGGGCUAAGAUAAAUUUGGUGGGUUUCGAUUCGAUUCGAGAGCUCUCUUCCUUCCUUAGUUCCUUGGUUCAGGAGGGUUGGUUGGUUGGUUCACAAGGCAAGGCAGAUGAGAUGAGGAGGAGGAGGAGAGGAAUUGAUCGAUGAUGAUGAUGGAUUCAAGUGCAAGUGCAAGGCGCUGGGUUUGGAUCUGAGCUCCCAUCGUUACCUCUUGUCUGCCGCCAUGGCCAACAAAUCGAAAUCGGCAGCGGCGUCCCCUUCUUCUUCCUCCUCACCGUCAGUCGCCCUUGGCCUUGCCGCCACCACGCCCACCACCUCCCCACUACCACUAGCACCUGCAGCUGCAGCCUCUUCCUCCAACCCCAAUGCCACGCCGGCCGACACCACUCCCACUUCCCCGCCGCCCGCCUCCCCACCUCUACCGUCCGCAACGCCACCGCUUGCUGCCUCGCCACCGCCACCACCACCACCACCGCCACCCAGAAAUUCACCAUCGCCUCCUAAACCGCCAAGCCAAGCAGCGCAAUCGCCUCUGCCCCCGACAACAACCACGACUACGCCUCCGACUGCUCCAGUACCAGCAGCAGCGCCUCCUCCUACUGCUCCCUCCCCUUAUUCUGCUCCGUCUCCCACUCCCACUCCCACCCACACCCAGCCCCGCCCAUCUCCGCCGCUGCUGCCUACACCUGCCACUGCUGCUGACCCUGCCAACCCCAACAAGGCCAGGCACCCCAGCUCCAACAAAUCCUCCAGCCCUGCUGCUCCUCGACGCACUAACUCCUCCUCCUCACCGCCCAACCUUGCCAUUGCUGUCGGUGCAGUGCUCGCCAUCCUUGUGCUUAGCUUAUUAGGAGCUGCUAUAUGGUACACUACCAAGAAGAAGAAGAAGCAGCGUAGGAGGGAUAAUGGCUACCGUGCUGGAUUCAUGUCACCCACUUCUCCCUUGUCUUCUCACCACCCAUCAUCAGGAUCAGGUGCCUCCGCAAAUGUAGGAUCAUCGUUGGACCCUUCUUUCAAAACAAACUAUAGCGCCGGAAGUCCCAAACUGAAAGCAUGCAUGUCUGAUAUUAGCAUGGGCAAUUCCCGCUUCUUCACAUACCAAGAACUGUACCAGAUUACUGAUGCUUUCUCAGCUCACAACCUGCUGGGGGAAGGAGGGUUUGGGUCUGUAUACAAGGGCCACUUGCCAGAUGGAAAACAAGUGGCUGUUAAGCAAUUAAAAGAUGGUGGUGGACAAGGGGAACGUGAAUUCCAGGCUGAAGUCGAGAUAAUUAGUCGUGUGCAUCACCGUCAUCUGGUAUCUCUUGUGGGAUAUUGCAUUUCCAAUAACCAAAGGUUACUUGUCUACGACUUUGUGCCUAAUAACACCCUUCAUUAUCAUCUUCACGGACAGGGGAGGCCUGUUCUAGAUUGGUCGGCUAGGGUUAAAAUUGCUGCAGGUGCUGCUCGUGGAAUAGCGUAUCUACAUGAAGAUUGCCAUCCAAGGAUAAUCCACCGAGACAUCAAGUCCUCAAACAUUUUGUUGGAUAAUAACUUCGAGGCACAUGUGGCUGAUUUUGGUCUUGCGAGGUUGGCUUUGGACGCUGUAACUCAUGUAACUACCCGUGUAAUGGGGACAUUUGGGUACAUGGCUCCAGAGUAUGCAUCAAGUGGGAAAUUGACUGAGAGAUCUGAUGUGUUCUCUUUUGGUGUUGUUCUCUUAGAGCUUAUCACUGGUAGAAAACCUGUUGAUGCAUCAAGGCCAUUGGGUGAUGAGAGCCUUGUUGAGUGGGCUAGACCAUUGCUUACUCAAGCUAUUGAGACAGGUAAUUUGGAAGAGUUGGUCGACCCCAGGCUUGAGAGGAACUUCAAUGAAGCUGAAAUGUUCCGUAUGAUUGAAGCUGCAGCAGCCUGUGUUCGAUACUCCGCAUCAAGGAGGCCCAGAAUGAGCCAGGUGGUGCGAGCUCUUGAUAGCUUAGCCGAUAUUGAUCUUACAAAUGGCGUUCAGCCAGGGCAGAGCGAGCUUUUCAAUGUGGCGAACACAGCAGAGGUUAGGAUGUUCCAGCGGAUGGUGCUGGGCAACCACGAUGACAGCUCCGACAUGAGCCAAUACGGUUGGAGCAGCAGUCGCCAGUAGAGGCCAUCAAAUUUGACUAUCACACGAGUUCUUUUUAGGUGAUCACAUCACAAAGAAAGAGCCAUUGGUGAACCAAAAUGAAAACAAGAAAAGAAUGGAAGUAUCUUUAUUGUUCCUGAAUGAAUAUUAAUGUGUGAUGAUGAAGGAACAAAACAAGAUAAAAAUGGAUGGUACGUACGUAUGCGUCCGCUCCAAUGUACUUACAUGUUGUCGUAUGAGAUGAGCAAGUAGGGUUAAUGUACAGUUACAAGGCUAGUACUAGGCUUCAGCUAGUAUAAAUUUUGUACACGAAAAAGGGAAAUUGAUUUGGAUGUGGAAAAAAAAAUGGUGCUGUUAGUGAACAGUAGCUGCUUGCUAGACUAUACUAUUACUAGGUAGAUGUGGUUUGUGAAUGUGAAUGUGAUUGGGAAGGAGGAGGGAGGUGGAGGUCCCUGGCGUCGCGGCGGGCGGAGACGCCAACCCCGGUGGACCUGACGGAGAACUGGCGCAGGGCGUGGCCGAACUCGGGGUCGUCGGCGUUGGAGCCACGGUGCUGCAGCCACUGGAUCUUGUUGUGGUAGUCGGGGAAGAAGCGCGUCUUGGCGGCGGAGUAGGUGAAGUAAGGGAGGAGCGCGGCGGCGGGGACGAGCAGGGUGACCACCCAGUAGGAGGGCGCGGCGGCCAGGCCGUCGGUGAAGAGCAUGAAGUAGUUGGUGGAGAAGGCCGGGGUGAUGGCGCCGUAGGCGAGGAGGAACACGUACCACAGCGCCACGCUGCCCCAGAUGCAGGCGUGCUGCACCAGGGUGAAGUAGUUGG